AACACAAGUCACGGCUGUCUUCAACUGCUUUAUGUAUCUCCACACGUGUGGAUAUUGUUAAUGCAUGUAUAUGAAACAUUUUAAAUUAAUAGAACUUUGCUGUUGAACUGUUUCAAAAGUAAUUCGUUUUGGAUUUGAGUUUGUUACAUUUACGAUAUGUGAAGUACCGUAUCAAAUUCAAUAUAUCAAAAGAUCUAAAUUGUACAAAUGGAGGAUAAACAUAUCGAACUCCUUCAUUCUUCGUGGGACCAGUUUAAAGAAGGCGAUCUCCUAGAAAAUGGCGCCCAUACGUACUUCAGACUGUUUUCAAAGUAUCCAACAGCAAAAGAUUUGUUUAACUUCCACGACAAUGAUGAAAUUACACUAGAAAAUUUCAGGCAAAACGAGAAAUUCUGCUUUCAUUUGAAGAUGGUCUUCAAAGAAACCAUAGCGAAUGUGAUUAAAAGUCUGAAUGACCUCAUGGACCUGGCAGCAUUGGUACCGUUUCUUCAAGAACUAGGAGGGAGGCAUCACACACGUGGCAUCACAAAAUACUUUGAUGCUUUUGGUGAAUGUCUGUAUUACGCAUUGGAGCGUAAACUGGGAUCAGAUUUCACUCCAGAAGUAAAGGAAGCAUGGGUUGUCUUGUUCGGUAUCAUAGAGACCAAUAUGAAGAUUGGGAUGUCCCAACAAGCGAAAAAGGAGGACGCAUAAUCAGAACUGUUGGAGUUUAUAGUAUGCUGCAUUUUGAACACAGCAAUAUAUUGUGCAUACAGCAGUAGGUGAUGCAGAUCCAUAGAGGAAAAAUGGUUUUGGGCAAAUGCACGCAGCAUUUAGACGUUAAUGAAAUAUAAGAGCUUGUGUUUUGGUUAUACAAGACAUUAGAUAGCAGAUCAGCACGGUAAUCCGUUUUUAUGGAUACGAGAGAAAAAAGUGAAUUAAAAUACUUUUUGAACAUUUAAAAAAAAGUGUGUAAAUGUGCUUUACACACUCAUGAGAAUGUUAAAUUUUAAAUUAUUGCCACAUGUUAUCCAUUUAAUGUCAUAAAAAUUGCAAGCCA